AUGUUUUCUCAUGUAAUUAACUGUCCUACACACGUUUCCAAAGAAAUCAGAACUCUUGCUUGCACUUGAUGGAGCAAAGGAAAGGCUCCAUUUGUUCAAGGCAGAGCUACUGGAGGACGGCGCUUUCGAUUCGGUAGUCGAUGGAUGCGUAGGAGUUUUCCACACAGCAUCUCCUUUUUAUCACAAUAUUAAGGAUCCUCAGGCUGAAAUGGUUGACCCAGCUUUGAAGGGAACACUUAAUGUUCUUAGGUCGUGUGCUAAGGUUCCGUGGAUUAAACGUGUUGUUAUAACAUCUUCAAUUGCAGCUGUUGUGUUUAACGGAAAGCCUCUUGGUCCUGAUAUUGUUGUUGAUGAAACUUGGUUCUCAGAUCCCAAUUACUGUGAGAAAUCAGAGCUUUGGUAUGUCCUUUCUAAGACGUUAGCUGAGGAUGCUGCUUGGAAGUUUACAAAAGAUAAUGGCAUCGACAUGGUUUCAAUAAAUCCAGGGUUGGUGAUCGGACCUCUCUUACAGCCAACUGUUAAUACAAGUGUGGAGCCGAUUUUGAAACUUAUUAACGGGCCUGAAACAUAUCCGAAUGCAACAUAUCGAUUAAUAGACGUUAGAGAUGUUGCGAACGCACAUGUACUAGCAUUUGAGAAUCCUGCAGCUCAUGGAAGAUACCUUUUAGUUGAGAGAGUUAUGCACUGCUCGGAAGUUGUGCAGGUUUUACACAAGCUUUACCCUGCUCUUCGUCUUCCUGAAAAGUGCGCAGAUGAGAAGCUAGUUAUGCCGGUGUUUCAGGUGUCGAGGGAGAAAGCAAAGACUCUAGGCAUUAACUUUACCCCACUGGAGGUGAGUGUAAAGGAUACGGUUGAAAGCCUGAAGGAUAAGAAGUUAUUCAGUGGGUGAAUCAUGGCUAUACGGGGGAUUAAUUGAUUAUUCUGA